CUCAAAUGCCCGCUGCUCUGCAUCAACAAUCUCAAAGUUAUAAGCCAAAAACUAAGCAAACCAUCCAAGCCGAGCAUAUAUCCCAGAAGACUUCAUUCACCUCCAACAACGGCCCCAAAUUAUCUUCAACCCGACCUGACACCAUGAAAUUCACAUCCAUCGUCACCGUCUUCACCCUAACCGCCACCCUCGUAGCCGGCAACCCUCUCAGCACCGAGGUCGAUCUCGAGAAGCGAGCCUCUUGUAUCGCUUUCCACGCGGGAAAGUUCUUUGGCGGAACUUGCGUCGAUGUCCUGAAGGGAAAACAAUGCGUGAAUGGGCUGUUGGUCACUGGAUGGUGUGAUGGAGGAAAUACAAUCAUCUGCUGUAUUAAGGGGAAGGCUAUGUGUGAUCCGGGGGCAAAUACAGGCAUUGGGAAUGCUUGAUGGGUCGAUACAUUGAUCGUAUUCGGUGUGUGGUCAUGGAUAGAUGCCGGGUAUUGAAGUGUUGGAAGUCAGAAUUAUGAUUCGCAACUUUUUGUUGAAGAUCUCUUGUUACGCACGAUGUAAGUUCGACACUGGCGGUUAGUGAUGGCGGAGAACACAUAAGAGACGAUUUCAUUGUGAACGCAGAAACGUG